UGCCGCUCUCAGGUUCCUCUCUUUUACACACCAAAAGUUUGUAGUUGCCCUCAUUCUACAGAUUUAAAAAUACUUUAAAUCGUGGUACUUUGUCCCUGGAGGGAAAUCCAUUGAGCCUUAAAGAAAAAGAAGAAAAAGAAGAAGGUUCCUUUCUGUUUGGACUUUCAUCAGACUUCGUGAAAUCUCUAGAUUAAUUAAUUCAAGAAUAAUUAUUUCUGUAGAACAGUAUCCUUGUACUGUUUUAUAAGUCAUACUUAUUGACAUAUUUAUCAAGUGUCACUUCUGAAAAUUGUCAAUGAUGCAAUGUACGAAGUUCUCAUCAAUGGUUAUCGUUUAGCUGAUGUGUCACAUGGCAAGCCCUAUUAUGUUUAUUGCAUCGAGAUUUUGGAGUCGAAAACUGGCGCCCGAUAUUCCAUUGAGAAAAGAUACAGUGAAUUUAGUGCAUUACAUCGUAAGUUGAAGAAAGAUAAUUUAGAUAUUGCACCAUUUCCACCAAAGAGAGUACGGAACUCGCAGCCAAAAGUAUUGGAACAACGGCGAGCAGCUUUAGAAUUGUAUAUACAAAAGAUGCUCAGUUUGUUGGCAACAAAACAGCAAGUCCUUAAUUUUCUAGGCAUAGAUAGCCAAGAAACAGUAUUCCAUCAAAGAAUACAUAAAGCUGCGGAUAGUUCAAUGCAUAACCAUCCAUAUACAUUGAGGCAUCAUCCAGUCUUAACUUUUCAUUGUGAUCCAUAUGUUCGAGCUGAUUCAACUAGCAGUCUUUCAGAUGUUGUAACUAAUGGUGUAUUACUAGGGAUAUAUAAAUCUUGAUAUUAGGAGUGAUUGCAAGGUUGAAAUAAUAAAUAUAAAAUCACUUUUGAUAGUGAUAACUAAAUAAAUGUCCAUCUAAGUGGAUAGGCUGUAAAUCUGGCGAAAAUAAAGAUUAGAGCAUUUACUUUUUAAAAUGCUUUUACGAUUUAAUUUAACCUUUUCCUAAAAUUGUUAACAAUUUUUUACUCUCUUCUUACAUUUGACAUUCUGAUUUUUAUUUUUGCCAGAGAAUUUAUAGAUAACAAAAUUUCUGAAGAUAAAAUUUAUUUUUAGCAAAUAAGAUAAUUUUGUGAUUUGAGCAAAAGCUUUAAUAAAAUAAAUUCAAUAUAUAUAAAAGAAAUUGUCCAUAAAAGCCGACAGGAUUUACAUGUAAAUGACUGACUUUAUUGAAUAUAAUAAUCGAUCAGAACGUUUCUCAAAUGUUAAAACAUAAGUAUACUUUUUAUUUUAACCAUCAUAAGUUUAUCACAAUUGGAUUAUGGCCAUGCUUUUUUUCAAAACACAGGAUGACUGACUAUUUAGAUUCAACAAAUGACAUUAAUAUUUUAAACAGUAUAUUACAGAUGCAUUGAAGAGAAUACAAUAUAUGAUUCUACACGCGUGCGCUUUUUAUGUACUUAGGUUCUAGCUUUCGAGAAACAUUCUUAUCAAUCAUGUUUAUAUAAUAAAGUUUAUUAAAAAAAUGAUAUUAUCUUUUAAUAUGAUAACAUGUAACAUUAUGUAUAUGUAAAAGGAAUAAAAUUUAUAUGAUACUAACUGUAUUAAUUUUAAGUUCUGCAUAUUCAAGUAAAGGAAAGAAGUUCUUGUGAUUAAGAUUGUAAUACAUAUAAAAGUAUACGUAAGAUAAAAAUUUGUUUAAUAUUGCGCACAUAUAAAAAGAUACUGAUUUAUGUAGCAAUAGCUAAUUAACAAUUAUUUAUUAGUUAAUCUUCAUUCUGCUUCAUUCUGCAUGGUUUAUAGUACUUUAUUUUCUCGUUGUUCAAUAAAGAAAUAAAAACAUGCA